CAUGUUAAACGUAGCGAGGCUGGCACAUGACUGUUGAUGAGUGUGUGAGUGUGAGUGUGAGUGUAUGAGUACACACACACACACAGGAUGUGGUCCUGAUUAGUGUACAGAUACGGAGAAGCCAGUAGAGAGCUGAUGGGCAGCAGCCAGUGUAAACUCUGGUAUACUCUCGCAUAUCUGUCACCCCUCAAGGACAAACAUGAAAAAAUUCAAAGUAUUCAACAAGUAUUUCCCAACCAAACACAAUGUGGAUGUACCUGACAAGGUUAUGGCAAUAUCUUCCCCAACAGUCGUUAAACACGACAUUCACGUGGUCUUCAAUAAAAAUACACAGUCCUUUGAAGGCAUUCCUCCAGCAUGGAAAAAUUAUAUUGAAAAUACUAUUGGAAAAGAUGAAGUACAGAAUAAUCCUGAAGCUGCCCUCUCAGCAGUUAUGUUCUGGAAUGCAUCCAUGUUGAAACAGAAGGGUGAACCAAAGUUUAUCCCGUCACCUGUUCAAGAGGUUUUGGAAGCUGAGGAACUAAUAAGUGAAAGUGACAAUGAUUUUGGAGAAGUAAUUAAGGAAAAAGUACCUACUGAAGACCUUGAAACCAACAGCCAAGAACCACAAGAGGUAGAGAUUUCAAGACCAUUUGACUACCAAGAUGAACAUCCUAAACUGAAGGCUGGCCAGAGCCCUGUACAGAUGCGGAGGAAAGCUGGCCAGAAAUUGAGUGACGAGGAAGUAAUGAUGGAGUUUCGACGAAUUUGUUCUUCAAGAAAUCCAGAGUUACUGUACGAGCGUGAUAUAGAAUUAGGUUCAGGGGCAUCUGGAACAGUGUUCAGAGCUUAUGAGAAAACUACACGUCAUAAAGUUGCAGUUAAAGACAUUGAUCUUAGCAAGCAACCCAAAAAGGAAUUAAUUUUAACAGAAAUAAAUGUAAUGAAAAAUCUCCAGCAUGAAAAUCUUGUUAACUUCCUUGACGUGUUUUUACUUAACAAUCAUCUGUGGGUUGUCAUGGAGCUGUUGGAUGGCGGGCCCCUGACUGAUAUUGUAACUGAAACUGUAAUCAAAGAACCUCAAAUUGCAGCUGUAUGCCAUCAUACUUUACGUGCCAUCGACUAUCUUCAUGAAAACGGGGUAAUACAUCGAGAUAUCAAGUCAGAUAAUGUGCUCCUUGGCAAAGAUGGAUCUGUUAAACUGACUGAUUUUGGGUUCUGUGCUAACAUCACUGGGGAUGAGAAGCGCCAGACUAUGGUUGGCACUCCAUAUUGGAUGGCUCCAGAGGUUGUGAAUCGUAAACAUUAUGGAAAGAAGGUUGAUAUUUGGUCUUUAGGCAUUAUGGCCAUUGAGAUGAUUGAAGGGGAACCUCCAUAUCUAAAGGAAUCACCACUCCGUGCUCUCUAUCUAAUUGCAUUGAAUGGAAAGCCGGACAUUCCUUCAUGGAACAAAUUGUCUCCCGAUUUUCAGGAUUUUUUAAAUUGCUGUCUUGAAGUUGACAUUGAAAAGCGUGCAUCUGCCAAGGAGCUUCUCGCUCAUAGGUUCCUGAGAAUAGCUGUUAGUACAACUACUUUGAAGCCUCACAUUGAGGCAGCUCAGAAGAUCCUUGAUAAGUAAAUCAACAUGGCUAUUUAGCUUGGAUAUAAACAAUCCUGGUAAUUGCCAACAUCUGCCAGGGCCAUACUUCCUUGCUCCAUUUGAUAGGGAAGAGUACCCACUCCUCCCCACCAAAUUACAAAAGUACACAGGUAUAGCCACCAGCAGAGCAUAGAGAAGUGUGGAUGCAUGCAGGAACAUAUGCCUGCUUUUAUACCCCCAUGGUCCAGCUGUAAGUAUUAGUGACUUAAAGAUCAUUCCAUAUUUCAUUGACAUGUAAAAUAGAGUAAAGCAAUUUAUUUAAAUAAUGUAGUUGAAAAAGAAAAUAAUACCAUGAACAAUUCAGUGCAUAAAUGAUGGUGCAAAACAAGUGAAUGUUGCCAUAAAAUAGCAAUAUGAUCAGUCCCCAAUCUUAACUUAGGAGAAUGUUAGUUAUGUAUAUGCACCUUUCCUCACACCCCACCUGGGAGCCUCUUGCUCAUGAUCAUGAUCAUCAGGAAAUAAUUUCCAUAAUGACAGUUAUUAUGGUUAUGGUUGGAAAAAUGCUUGAGGGUGAAUGCAGGAAUUAUAAAAGAAGUGAUGAGUUGAGUGAUAAUUGUGAUAUCAGUGUAAAAAAUGUAAAUACUAAUGGUAAGGCAUCAAAAUGGAGACAAGCGUAGGGGUAGUGGUAAUGAUGAUAUUGACAGUGGACCUUGUAAAGUUAUGGAGAAUUUUAUUGGAGGCAAAAGAAGGGAAAGAGAUGAAAAUGAAGAUGGUAACAAUGAUGCUUGUGGUACUAAUUAAAAAUAAAAAACUAGCAGUUGACCAUGAUGCACAAGUGCAAGGCAGUUACUUGAUUUAAUACCAGAGCAAUGGCUAGACAUAAUGGAUGACUUUAAGCUGUGUCCAAUGAAUAUGAAAUUUAUUGAAAAAAAAAGUUCUUCCCAGUUUGGUGCCUUCUUUGAUAAUCACUUUCAUGAAGAAAAUCAUCAUGAAAUUUUACAUUCCAGUAGAGUGAUAAAAUCCAUGAAAAUUAGUCAAGCACUCUAGAAGGUACUGAAUAAUGGGUAAUUACAAUACUGUACAAAUGAAUAGUGACAUCAAGAUACCUAAUUGGAACAUUAUUUCAAUAGAAAAUUGUAUUCUGACCUCCAUCUCAAAGUUAUGACAGGGCCACUGAUGCUGUUUGUCUACUAGUAAACUGUUAUAUAAGUUACUCAGCUUUUCAUGUUAUAACCCCAGUUCAGUAAACACUUGUCUAAUGUAUGUUAACAAAUUACUUCCACAUGGCCUCUAUCCUCCCAAAAAUGUAAUAGGUUUCAGUAGCAUGGCAUCAGGCAGACACAAAACAUUAGAAGACCCCACCACAAACACUAGUGAUCGAAGAAUGUUCACAUUUAUCAAUACAUGUGAUGUCCAAAUUAUCAGUAAGAAUCAACUGAUGAGUAGUACUUCAUAGAUAUACUGACCUUAACAUAUCAUACAAAACUCAAGGCUUGGAGACUAGGUAAUCUAAUCUGACCAUUUAGUAAUAACAGUUGUUUUACAUUUAGCUAAUGUUGAUUUGCCUGGUGCCAGACUAAAUAGUUGAAGGUUAGCAGUGAAAAAAGGAACAAUAAACUAACUUCAUUGCUAACUGGAAUCAAAACUAUGAGCCUGAAAAUGUACAAAAAUUCAGUGAUCUUUUAAUUAUAAAUGAGAUUUUUUCAAUACUAACAUCA